GCCGGUAACGCAUCGCUCUCGUCUUCCUUGCCCUCAUCUCUCCCCGUUGCUAGGGUUCUUGAUUUGGUAGGGUCCGAUUAUGGUAGAGUUCUCCGGCGCUGUGCCCGGCCGCCGCGUUGCUGCCGGCUUCGCCUUGGCCUGCUGCGCCGCGGGCGGGGUGGAGGCGCGGAUCUGGGCCAGCGGUUGCCGAGUGAGCACGCGGUGCGGCGCGAGCGCUUGUGCGGGCGGUGCACCGGCGUGAGCUGGACGUGGUGGGCUGAGGGGAGGUGAGCUGGGGUUAUGGAAGCAGGCGGCGGGGCCCGCCUUUGCGACGAUGUGAUCCUGCGAACCAGCUGAGCCUGAGCUCACCGAGAAGCUAGUACUCCUUAGCCUACACAGUAGGCAGUACACGCCACGCCAUCUGGUUGCCAUCAGUCUACAGAUCCCUCCAGCACCGGUUAGAGUUGGAGAAGGUGAAGCUCCACCUUCUUGGGAUCCGGUACCAACUCCAAAAGGUACAGAAUUCUGUCUAUGUAUACAUGGUCUGCUUUUGUUCUUGUUACUCAUCUGCUUUAGUUCUAUGGUUACAACAUGGUUCAUAAUAUUAUAUGAACCAGAUUGCUUGUGAAUUGUAAAAAGGAAGUCCUGACUGUGUAGUUGUGUUACAGGUAAGUGAAGGAACAUAUUUAGCUAUUUACAAAUUCUUCUGAAUUUGCAACAGCUACAUUUAUGUAGAUAUGCCAUGCAACAUGUGUUACUGUUGUCCAACCCAUAGUCACAAAGUUCCUGGGUCGACCGGGUCGAGGAACGGGGUCGAGGGUCGAGGGUCGUCACUUUAUAAAAUUAUGGUACGAAGGGGGUAUACAUCUAUGGAACGAUAAAUUAUUAUGUGGGACGCAACCCCGAUUCAUCGGGGUCGAUAUCUUCGGGUCGAUAAAGACAAAAACUAUAUAUAUGCUACUAAUGAAGAAACUAAUCUGCACAAGCAUAUAAGAAACAUAUAAAAGAGUACAUUUAGACCAUGCUACACGUACUCAGCUCAUUGUCUAACAAAAACCACACCAAUCCACUGUCCUUAACCUCCUUAUCCCAAUUAAAUCUGCUAGCAAUGGGGCUGUGACCCCUUUCAAUCCGGGACACGAUCCAACCUUGAAUGGGACACUGACCCUCUUCGACCCCGACCCUCGAAUCGGAACGACGUUCCCGGGUCGAGGGACGAGGCAUCGACCCCGAAUUCUGUGACUAUGGUCCAACCUUUGUGCUAUUAUUAACACUUUCCCCACCUCUCGUUGUCGUCGUCUCCCCCCACCUCUCUCCGCAGGUUUCGCCCCAACGGACAUCAACCGACCGCUCCGUCAGCUGGUACGGGCCUCAGGAUGCAAUCUUUGCUCCGGAAUGUCUGCCGAGCUGGAAGCCGUGGAGCUGCUGCGAGGCUCCUGGAAUUUGCUGCUCCUGUAGCCACACAGCCAGCAGCUACACAGUCAUCCUCAGCCAUCCAAUACCUAAGGCCUUAUGGAUUCAGUCGUCCAAUUGGGAGUCAGAUCAUUCCCAGUGAUGGUGUUCCUGCUGCCUCUGGUUUCUGUGCGAGAGCUCUUCCGAUGAGGGGUUUCUCCACAGUGGGAAAUGCUGAGGUUGCUUCAGACGAUGAGGAUUCCAGCUCUCCAGCGGUUGUGCACCCCCCACGGAUUAAGUUCAAGAGGCUCGACAAGACUGCCAGGCACAUCAUGAAUAUCUUGAACAAAGAGGCAGUUGAAAAGGUCCGCUCUGACAGGGAGAUUCCUGACGUACAACCUGGAUGUAUCAUUCAAAUGAGAUUGCAAGUUCCUGAGAACAAACGGCGAGAAUCUACAUUGAAAGGGAUUGUGAUAGGAAGGCGUAAUGCUGGGAUCAAUACAACUUUCAGACUUCGUAGAUUGGUAGCUGGUAUUGGAGUUGAGUCUGUCUUUCCACUCUACUCACCAAACAUCAAAGAAAUCAAGAUCUUGGACAGGAAGAAAGUCAGGAGAGCUAAGCUGUAUUACCUGAGGGACAGGAUGAACGCACUUAGAAAAUGAGACAGAUUUUAACUUGUUUUUAGGAUUUUGUGCUGUGGAUUUGCCUGGUUUCUGAAGAUGCAGAAAAUUGCAGUUUGAGAAUCACACUUUUUUAGUCCAAUUUUGGAUGUGACAAUUUGUAGUUCCCAAGAAGAAGUGCUAGUAGAGAUAAGGCUUUGCGAUUCAGAAUUAACAUAUGUGGAUCAGUCCUAUCUUAGUUGCAGAUGCUACUGUAGCCUCAGAGCAGAAAUAAUCUCGCCCAGAUCUAUACCUUCGCUUUAUCUUCAAAAAAAUGUAAUUCUCUACCCUUUUCUUUUGCUCUGACAUUCUUGUUACUACCAGUUUGUGGUUGAUACAGCUCACCUUGUUGAUGUCACUAUCAGCAAUUCUUUAUCAA